AACGCUGUUUGAUUUGUUUUGGUUUUGAGGUUAUAAUUUUACUUCACUUAAAGGUGUUUUAUUUAUGCUCAAAACUCAAGGGAAAGGCGACAAAGGCGAUUUAAAAGAUGUUGCGUAAAGGUAUGUGCUGACAAAACUGUAUGUUCAUAAUGGAAGGAUCAAGUACGAGCACGAUUUUGAAAGAAGAAGAACAUCAUAAGCAACAACAGUUAUGCGAAAGUCGGCCUGCUUACAGACAAGGAAGAAAGCUGGUGGCAGUGAAGGUGUACACAAUCACCUCGGAAUCCUCUCACUUGUUCAUAUACGGAGUUCCAAAAAUCAAUCUAAGGAACGAAUUGAAAACAGCCUGCUUAAAGUACGGUAAAAUUAAAGCUUUUCAUUGUGUAACAGGUUAUAAAACGGAGAUAUUUACUGAAUGCUAUCAUGUCCAUUUUGAACGCAUUCAAUCGGCUCGUGUUGCUAAACGUCUUUUAGAUAAUAAAUCAUUUUAUGGAGGUAUUUUACACGUUUGCUACGCACCUGAAUAUGAAACCAUAGAAGAUACACGAGCCAAAUUACAACAUCGGUUAAAAGAUGUUAGAAAUAGACUUGAAAAACAGAAUGUGUGGCCUAAUCAAAGUGAACAUAAGGUUGAACUGGACGAUUAUAUUAAUACUACCAAAUCUCAGUUGAAGAAGAAGAGGAAGUAUGGAGCUGCAUUUAAGGAAGAUUAAGAAUUGUAUUAAGGAAGGAAAGGGAAUAAAUUUAUUUGUGAAAUACAUUUGUUAGUUACUAUUAUAGUAAUAAUGGCAUCCACGGAUUGGGUUGUUUGUUACAAAGAAAGUAAGGCGAAAUGUUGGUUUACACAAAUGCAUACAUACAGUAAGUGUAUAGGUACCACUACACCAUUGUUAGUACAAUAACAACUAAUGAAUUAAGAUGGCAUGAUGACCUUUGUCUGGGAGAUUGUACCAUUUAGAUGCUGAGACAUGUAGCUCGCAACCUGGAAUACUAUGAUUCAAAUUUUACAACAUAGAUCGCGCCAGCAGUGAAAUCUUCAAUGCUGUGCCCUACAUAGAAGGUGUCUUUAACAAUCCUGUCAGCUCAGGUUUUUUUAUAAACAAUGUAAAUAAUUUAAUAAAAUACUUGGUGUAAAUGUGUAA